AUGGAUGCGUUGUGCUCCGAUCCUGGCACUGCCAUGGGCGCUGGCACUUCCUGGGGCGCCUUGGAGGCUUGCCUGUGUGGCCGCCUGCCAAGGACCUUGGAUAAUGAGACGUUGCGGGUGAACGCAUCAGUGGUGUCAGACGGUUGUCAGGUCAGGCGGGGUCGGCUCUUUCCAGGCGCAGAGCGGGGCUGGCAGAAAAAGCAGCCCGCAAGAGACGCAAGCAAGACGCAGCCCGAAACCCAGGUGAUCUCGCUGCAGGAAGAUCCUCCCACGCGAGCGCGUGACUUGUUGCAGCUGACUCUGCAGAGUGUCGAGGAUCUCUCUGCAGGCAAGGCAAACUUGGCCUGCAGCUUCAACAGUCCUUGGACAUUUUUCGUGCCUGAGAACCUCUUGGCUCUUAUCAACACAGAGCGGCUGCCGGGCGGGGCAAGCCUCGGGUGCGGGCGGCGCCUCUAUUGCGAAGCGUCGAGCGAGCCGAGUGCAGCCUUGCGCCCGUUGCAGGUCCCCAUGUGCGGGGCACGCGUGGAGGACGCUUGCGAGAAGAACUAUACUCGACCUGUUGCGAUUCAUGCUCCAAGCAGAGGGGAGAUUGCUACCCUUCAUGCUGUGAUCUACCACGGCUGGCCUCAUCGCUGCGCGCUGUCGGCUUUUGGCCGCGCUGUCGUCAAGCCCCGGGUGGCAGUGCUGAUUGGUUCGCUUCUCCGCGGAGUUCACAAGAGCGGGCAGCUCUUGCAGAAGCUGUUUGUUGAGCGUCGCGUGCGCUUCUGGAUCUUCAUCUAUUCUGCACCGCCGCUGGUCUGGGGCAACAAUGCCGGCUGCGCCAAGCUUCUGGACGAUCUGAGUAGGCAGCUACCAGGGCGAGUACAAUUCCGCUAUGCGACCCGAAGAGAGAACUUGGAGGAGGAGCUAUUUGAGAGCACAGUCAACUCCAGGCAUAUGAGACAGUGGUACAAGCUUCAGAAGGCGUAUGAAAUGAUGGCAGCCUUCGAGGAAGAGGUGGGCAAAAACUUCGAUCUGGUGCUGAAGCUGAGGACGGACAUGUUCCUGCCUGGGCCCAUCGACUUGGCACAGUUCCCGGAGGUUUGGACCUCACGAGUGAUCUACGGCUUCACGGAUAUUGCCUUCCUUUGCCGUCGGGAUGUUGCACACAGCCUGCUGGCGAAUGUGACUGGAAAGCUGACUCAAUUUGCAGGCAACCAGCGGACACUUGUAUUCCUGGACUACCGCAGGCUCCUACGGAAUGGUUGGGGGGAUGGCUUCAGACUGCAGACGUUUCCCGAUGCUAGCCCGGCCCUGAAGCGAGCCGUCUUUGCCGGAGAGGGGCGCGCAGUCUUGGCCGCGGUGCGGCGGCAUUUGACUGCCCUGGAAGCGGCCCACCAGGAUGCUGCACGGGGGCUGCCAGUGGCCACCUUCUCAGGGCAUUGGAGGUUCAGACCAGACACAGUGGAGUUCCAAGCGUGGCAGCGGGACGGCAAACUGGCACCCGACACACAGAUGUGCUCUGUGACACGGUGGUUCUACCUCAUCCACAGGACAACACCAGAGGUCAGGCUGCGCCCGUGGCCCAGCAAGCCUGGCACGGUGGGCCUCUUUCCAUCGCGUUUCGCCUGGCACUGCAACUGCGAGCCGCCGGGCUGCUGGCCUUUGCUUUGGGGUGCCGCGCCCCGGGAGCUGGUGCGGUCCGUUGAAUGGCUGCAGCGCCCAGAGGACGGCCAGUGGGUGACUGCGAGUUCAUUCACCGCCCACGUCGAGCCUGCCAACGAUAGCGAGCUGGAAAAAGUGCCGAGGAGCAUUGCUGGCAUUGCAAAGCUUUUGGCACUCGGCAGCAGCAUGGCGCUUCUGUGCCAAGUGGCUCCUGCACUGGAGACAGACGAGGAGCUUCAAGCCCUGUACAACUGGGUGGAUGAAAUUCCUUUGUCGCGGCCAAAGCGCACAAUCUCCAGGGACUUUGCUGAUGGAGUUCUUUUUGCCGAGAUUGUGAACCACUUCUUCCCCAGGUUGGUGGAAAUGCACAACUACAGCUCAGCCAAUUCGCACACUCAGAAGAUGUACAAUUGGAAUACUCUCAACCAGAAGGUUCUGAAGAAGCUGGGCUACCAGAUUCAUCAACAGGACCUGGAGGACGUCAUCAAGGCGGCACCUGGCGCAGUGGAGCGGGUCCUAGCAGUGCUGCAGGACAAGGUGAACCAAGCUGCAAACCGCCAGCUGAAGGUAGCGGUGCCCCGAGCCCCUGCGCCGCCAGCGCCGCCAGCGCCGCCAGCGCCGCCAGGCACGGACAGUUCGCUUAGCCCGCAAUGA